CGGUGCGUAUUUGCCACUUCAACAAUAAAACAAGAAGCGCUGCUAGGCGUGCUCAAAGUACGCCAACUAAACGUUAUUCAAGAAGAAUGAUUUUCUAAAAGUCAAACUAACGUUAAUAAUGCGAGCGGAUUUACUGAACAGACAUCAGUUUUAAGAAUAUAUUUCGCGGGGUAUGUAACUCGACAUUUGUUCUAUCUUUAUUCAGUUUAUUCAGCAGCGUUCAUUUAACGGUGCGUUAGCUUAUUUAGCAUGCUAAGCUAAAGCCCCACUAAACUGAGGUGCUAACGGUGACAGCUGGGUUAGUCAACGAUCAUUUAUGAUGGCUACUACUGAGAUGGAAUCUGGUUCUUUGGAAAGCAGACCAGAACAUAGGACAGUGGGCUCUAACUCAAAUUACCCACUGAAAGUACUUUACUGUGGAGUGUGCUCUCUGCCUACUGAGUACUGUGAGUACAUGCCUGAGCCAGCCAAAUGUAGGGUUUGGCUCGAGAAGAACUUCCCAGAUGUAUUUGCCAGGAUGACUGUAGGCCCGGCAGCAGAUGCACCCAGCCAGGAGCUCGGCACUGGAGAAGCUCCCCCUGCAGGCGAGGAGGAGAAAAAGAAACAGAGGAGAGGUGGAAAAGGCCUGAUCAAACAGAAAAAGAAGACCCUGCCUCAGAAAGUCACAAUAGCAAAAAUCCCCAGAGCCAAGAAAAAAUAUGUCACGAGGGUGUGUGGCAUGGCAACAUUUGACAUUGAACUUAAAGAGGCUCAGCGAUUCUUCGCCCAGAAAUUCUCUUGUGGUGCCUCGGUUACAGCAGAGGAUGAAAUAAUCAUUCAGGGAGAUUUUACAGAUGACAUAAUCGACGUCAUUCAAGAGAAGUGGCCUGAGGUGGAUGAUGACAGCAUUGAUGAUCUGGGUGAAGUCAAGAAGUGAAGACCAAAUAUGCACUUUUACUGAAAUGGAUGUGACCUGUAACAACAACAACAACCUGGCCAAAUGUACACAUUAAGUCAUUUUAUACCUAUUUUAUUUACUGUUCAUAAAAAGCUGCGGACUUGGCCACUCACUUGGCUUUUUUUUUUUUUUUAGUUAAUAGCUGCUUUCUCUCGUUUGCCAAAGGUGUGGUAUGACGUGAAUCCCUCCCAAAUGUUCUUCACUCAAGCAAAACUGUAGGCUAAUAAAUUUCAGUCUCCUUCGCCUGUA